UUGCAGGCUUUUCUUGUGUGGCAAAUUCUCCUCUCAUUUAUUUUUCUUGGUAGGCGAUAUAAACUCAACCAACUACUUGGAUGCUUUCUUGUGGCAAUUGGUGUAAUUCUCACUGUAGCAAGUGGAUCUGGUGCUGGACAUUCAUUGAAAGAAGCUGGUAUAUUUUGGAGUCUUUUAAUGAUAGUUUCAUUUUUAUUCCAAGCAGCUGAUACUGUUCUGAAGGAAAUAAUUUUUUUGAACGCAACUCAAAAACUGAAGGGGGGUUCUCUAGAUAUGUUUGUUGUUAAUUCAUUCGGAUCUGCAUUCCAGGCACUGUUCAUAUGCCUUCUCCUCCCCUUCUUAUCAAAAUUAUGGGGCAUCCCGUUUAGUCAACUACCAAACUAUCUUAAAGAUGGCACUGCCUGCUUUCUGAAUGUUGGGACAUUGUCAAGGGGUAAGCAGUUGUCCUCUUUUCCAUACUCUCAUUUCUUACAGAAGGUGAUAACAGAAGACUUUCUUUUGGUUAUCAAAUGGUGUUUUCUUAGAAUCAAAGUUCAUCAAUAAUAUUGAUGACCUAGUUCUACCCUCAAGUUACAAGGAAAGAUUAUUUUACAUGUAAAAUUUAAAGUACAAAAAAUUGCUGAAUGAGAACCCAUAUAAGAAAAUAAAAUUGAAACAGAAAUCUUACUGAGCCAAAAAGUCAGUUUUUCCCUUCAGAUAUGUUAGUCUUUUGAUUUUUAUAAAUUUUUCAGCUGUUAUGUGAAAUUCUUAAGCAAAACCUAGUGUUGUGGUAGCUUUCAUGCAUUUUUCUGAUCAUAUAGUCCUUGGUGCAGAAUGGUAA